CUCCCCUUUGCCAGUUGGGGUGAUCCUCCUCCCUCUCCUCGUCUGUUGGGGCCUGCUUUGUAGGUGUUGCCCAGGUUACUCCAUAUCCAUCCUAUCUCUACUUCGCUCCUUCCAGAAGAAGAAAUGGCGGGAAGACAUUCUGGGUGCAUACAGUACUCUUCUCCUUCCUCUUCCAGGGGGAGGAGGAGAGUGAAGAUGGAGGAACUGCUGCAGUGGCACAGCUGCAUGUUACAGCAGGACAGAAGAUGACAAGAUGUGCCAGAGUGGGUGUGGGGGAUAGGUUUGAUAGCAGAAAGGCAGUUUGGGAACAAUAAGUCACCUGAGAAGCCACUGAAACACUGAAAAAAGCUCUCCUGAUGCAGAUAACACAUCUACCACAAUGAAAGCGAUGAAAGCAACGACAGAGAGAAAGACCGAUCCACUGGUAGACUUCUCAUCUCCAGGUGAAAAAAGAAAAAGGAAACUAAAGCCUGGUGAAUAUGAACCUGAUACAAUGGUUUUAAUACCUGCAGUUCCUCCGGAAUCUGUCACACAGUACUCUAUAAAUCUUCCAUCAGCAAAUAAAGAUACAAUGCUAGAUGAAAUGGAUAUGCUUAGGAAUAUCACUUUGCAUCUAAAUCAGAUUGUACACAGAAUGGAACAUGUCUAUGUGAAGGAUGAUGAAACUGAAGGAGAGGGGGAAGAAGAGGAAGAAGAAACUCCACCUAAGGAAGAUCUUGAAGAUAUGACCUCUUUCCUGAUAUGUUGUUCACAACUUACUAACCAAUUAGAAACUGCAGUUCGUGAAGAAAAAGUAAUAUUAGAGUCAUUGCUUCAGUGGUUUGAGAAGGAGGUCCAUGAGAUGGAAGAGAUAGGUGAGGAAGAAAUUAUUCCAGAUUGGCAAGUUCCACUGGCUGAUAAAAGCAUAACAGAUAAUAUUAACAAAUUAAUGAACCGCAUUGAAAGACUUGAAGAACUGAAGGGUCGUGUUCAAGAACUGCCCAAGCUUAUCCAGAUUUCCACACCCAAACAAGAAAAGAGAAGACCAGUAAGUCCAGCACCCCCUACUACAAAAGACCCCAAAAGUAUUAUAGAAGAACUUGCAACGAAACAUGCAACUGAAGAUGUGAUGAAUAUGGUAGAGGUUUUUCAAGAAGACGCAGGACCACAAACUAUUGAAUCAAUGAACAAUCGCAUGCUAGAAAUAAUGAAAGUAUUUGAAAGGCAAACAAAUAAAUUACACAGAGUUUCAAAUGAACAGGAUGUCCUUGAAGGUAAAUUACAGAAAAUACAACACGAAUUUCGGAAGUUAGCAGAAGAGAAAGAGAUAAUGGAGGAUGAACUUCAAAAGAUGAAAGAAUCAUCAGAAGGUGAAAAGCUGACAGAAGGAAGGAAAAAAUUAUUUCAGAAACUGGAGAAAACAAAAGCUGAUGAGAAGCAGGUUGCUCCAGAAAAGGCCCACAUGCAAAAAAGACCUUCUAUUCAUCCAAAGCAGAAAGACAUUGAACAUCUGAAAACGAAAGAAGAAUUAGCUAAAGCUCAGGCAAAUAUUCUUUCUCUUGAACAAGAGAAGAAAAUGCUUGAAGAGAUGCUGCAGAAAGCAUUAGAGGAAACUGGAAAGGUGAAGAUCCAACUUGCUGAAAUUCCUCCAAAUAUUCCAGAUUGGGAGUUCCCUUCUACAUUGACUGGGGAAGAAGAUUUAACUAAGAAAGACAAAAAACCAAAAGGUGAACUAGGAAAAAGUCAGGACAUUUCCACAGCACCCCAAACAAAAGAUGUCAAACACAAGAAAAAAGGAGCAGCUCAUCCAGAUGUUGAAAAAGGACCAAGUAGUCCUGAAAAGGAAUCUCUUGGUGUUACAGAAAAUAUUCGAAAACUGUCUGCCACUUCUGAAGGCACAGCACAAUUAACUGAUAAAAAGACAGAAGAAUCAAAGAAAAAAGUCAAGGCAGAAGGAAAAUCAGAGACAGUUGAGUCUAAAGGUGCUAUAAAACACAAAGAUUCUGUAGAAAUGAAAAACCGACGUUCAACAUCAAAAGGGGCAGGGAAAGCUGUUCCAGAACUCUCACCAUUACCUCCAGUUGAAGAAAUGCCUUAUUUGUCAGAUUCCACAAAAGCUAAGGAACAAAUAUUGCCUGUGACUUUAGAAAAAUCUUCUAGGAAAAUACCUUCACCAGAUUCACAAAUAAGGGAAACAGAAAUUCCCAUUUCUCCUCAAAUAGACGAGGGUAUGCCCAUCACCAAAGAGAGAGCUUCACCACUUCUUUCAGAAGAAAGAGAUUCACUUACUUUGCUUUCAGCUGAACCUAAAAAAAUUAUAGAAGAGUCUAAAACAGUUGUCAGUGGAAUUACACCUGUACCUGAGCUCACUAAGAUCAUGGAAAGGAUACCAACAGCUUUCACUCCAGAAGAGGCACAAGCAACUGUUACUAUGGCAAAGGAGAGAAUCCCUAUUCCCUAUGCAACAGAGGACAGGUCUUUAACUUUAGAGAAAGCCCCAUCUGUAGAAGGUCUUCCAAAACUUGAUGCAAUAGGAUUCCAAGAAAAAGAAGUGAAGAAGAUGGCAGAGAAGGGAAGGGUUUUGCUUGAAAAUCUGGAAUCAAACUUAAAGGGUCUUCAAGAAGCAGAAGGUGCUAGACCUACUCUACAAGAUGUUGGCAAGGAAAUUAACACAUUGUCCAAAAAUAGAAGUCAAUUGCUUGCAAGACUGGAAUUAAAUAUGAAAAAUUUGGAAGAAGCCCAGGCAAUAGCAGCUACCAAGCCAUCAGAAAUGAAUGAGAACAAAGUAAAGGAGUUACUACAACAAAGAGAACUAUUGGCUGCAAAUCUAGAGACAAAUCAGCAGGAUCUGCAAAGUGCAAAAGUUCUUGAAGCUAGCUUGAAAGAAAAAGAUAAGCAUGAGAAGGAAAUAAACGAGCUCUCAGAAAAAAGAAAAGCUUUGCUUGCAAAUCUAGACUCAAAUCUGGAGAACCUGCAAGAAGCCCAGGCUCUUGCAGCUGCUGAACCAGGAAGUGUGAGUGAUGAAAAGUUAAAAGAACUAACAGAGGAAACAAAGCUAUUGACUGCAGAUCUAGAAUCAAAUCUACAGGAUCUGCAAAGGGCACAGGCUUAUGCUCCAGGCCUUCCAGAAGAAAGAAGACUUACAGAAAGGGAAUUAUACAAAUUGUCUGAGAAGAAGCAACUUUUAUUGAAAGAUUUGGAAUCCAAACAGAAAGAACUACAGGAAGCUCAGGCUUUAGCAGCUAUCCAACCAGGCAGCGUCAGUGAAUAUAAACUUCAGGAGCUAGCUGAGCAGCAGAAACAUUUGACUGCAGACCUAGAGGCAACUGCACAGGAUAUACGUGUUGCAGAACAUCAUGUUUUUGAAAAGGCUGUUACUGUACAACCUGAGAGGGAAUUAUAUGAUCUGUCCAUGAAGAAGCAACUUUUAUUGAAAGAUUUGGAAGCCAAACAGAAAGAACUACAAGAAGCUCAGGCUUUAGCAGCAAUCAAUCCAGGCAGCAUCAGUGAGCAUAAACUUCAGGAGCUGGCUGAGCAACAGAAACAUUUGACUGCUGAUCUAGAGGCUAUGCAGGAAAUAUUUGAUGCUGAACGUCAUGCUUUUGAAAAAGCUAUAACUGUACAAUCUCCUGAAAGGGAAUUGUAUGAACUGUCUGAGAAGAAGGAACAUUUACUGAAAAAUUUGGAAUUCAAACAAAAAGAGCUACAAGAAGCUCAGGCUCUAGCAGCCACUCAACCAGGCAGCAUCAGUGAGUAUAAACUUCGGGAGCUAGCUGAGCAACAGAAACAUUUGUCUGCAGAGCUAGAGGAAACCAAGCAGGAUAUACGUGAUGCAGAACGUCGUAGUUUUGAAAAAGCUAUAAUUGUACAACCUCCUGAGAGGGAAUUAUACAAACUUUCUAUGAAGAAGCAACUUUUAUUGAAAGAUUUGGAAUCCAAACAGAAAGAACUACAAGAAGCUCAGGCUUUAGCAGCAAUCCAGCCAGGCAGCAUCAGUGAACAUAAACUUCAGGAGCUAGUUGAGCAACAGAAACUUUUGACUGCAGACUUGGAGGCAACUGCACGUGAUAUACGUAUUGCAGAACAUCAUGUUUUUAAAGAAGCUGUUACUGUACAACCUGCUGAGAGGGAAUUGUAUGAACUUUCUAUGAAGAAGGAACUUUUAUUGAAAGAUUUGGAAUCUAAACAGAUUGAACUACAAGAAGCUCAGGCUUUAGCAGCUAUCCAACCAGGCAGCAUCAGUGAGCAUAAACUUCAGGAGCUAGCUGAGCAACAGAAACUUUUGACUGUAGACUUAGAGGCAACUGCACGUGAUAUACGUGUUGCAGAACAUCGUGUUUUUGAAGAAGCUGUUACUAUACGACCUGCUGAGAGGGAAUUAUUCAAUCUGUCUAUGAAGAAGCAAUUUUUAUUGAAAGAUUUGGAAUCCAAACAGAAUGAACUACAAGAAGCUCAGGCAUUAGCAGCGAUCCAACCAGGCAGUGUUAGUGAGAGGGAAUUAUAUGAACUGUCUAUGAAGAAGCAACUUUUAUUGAAAGAUUUGGAAUCCAAACAGAAUGAACUACAAGAAGCUCAGGCAUUAGCAGCGAUCCAACCAGGCAGUGUCAGUGAGCAUAAACUUCAGGAGCUAGCUGACCAACAGAAACGUUUGACUGCAGACCUAGAGGCAACCACACGCGAUAUACAUGAUGCAGAACUUCGUGUUUUUGAAAAAGCUUUUACUGUGCUACCUGAUGAAAGGGAAUUAUAUGAACUGUCUGAGAAGAAGCGACUUUUAUUGAAAAAUUUGGAAUCCAGUCAGAAAGAGCUACAAGAAGCUCAGGCUUUAGCAGCUACUCAGCCAGGCAGUUUCAGUGCACAUAAACUGCAGGAGUUAGCUGAGCAACAGAAGCGUUUGACUGUAGAUCUAGAGGAAACUGUGCAUGAUAUACAAGAAGCAGAAUAUCGUGCUUAUGAAAGAGCUGUAACUGUGCAACCUACUGAAAAGGAAUUAUAUGAGCUGUCUGCAAAAAAGCAACUUUUACUGAAAAAAAUUGAAUCCAAACAGAAAGAACUACAAGAAGCUCAGGCUCUAGCAGCUACUCAACCAGGCAGGAUCAGUGAGCAUAAACUACAGAAGCUAGCUGAACAACAGAAACGUUUGACUUCAGGUCUAGAGGCAACAAUGCACAAUAUACAAGAAACAGAACAUCGUUCUUUUGAAAGAGCUGUAAAACCUGCUGAAAGGACAUUAUACGAACUAUCUCAGAAAAAGCAACUUUUAUUGGAAAAUUUGGAAUCCAAUUUGAAAGAGCUACAAGAAGCUCAAGCUCUAGCACUUACCCAGCCAGGCAGUAUCAGUGAGCAAAAACUACAGGAGCUGGCUGAGCAAAGAAGACAGUUGAAUGCUGAGCUAGAGGCUACAGUGCAUGAUAUACAAGAAGUCCAGCUUCAUUCUUCAAUAGGGACUGUAUUUGUAAGACCCAGUAUAAGGGAAUUAUAUCAACUUUCUGAGAAGAAGCAACAUUUAUUGGAACAUUUGGAAUCCAAUUGGAAAGAAUUACAAGAAGCUCAGGAUCUUGCAGCUACCCAACCAGGCAGUGUCAGUGAGCAUAAACUUGAGGAACUUGCUGAGAAAAGAGAACAUUUGACAGCAGCUCUUGAAGCAACUGUGAAAGCUAUCCAAAAAGCAGAGCGUUGCGCUUCACUAGUUCCUUCCAUCUUACGACCUGCUGAAAGGGAAUUAUAUGAACUCUCUGAAAAGGAGCAACUUUUAUUGGAGAAUUUGGGAUCUAAUUGGAAAGAACUACAAGAAGCUCAAGCUCUUGCAGCUAUCCAGCCAGGCACUAUUAGCAAGCAUAAACUACAGGAAUUAACUAAGCAGAGACAACGUUUGACUGCAGACCUAGAGGCAACUAUGGCCGAUAUACAAAUUGUACGUCGUGCUUCAGGAAGUGGUGCAUAUGUGAGACCCAUUGUUAGAGAAUUGUAUGAACUAUAUGACAAGAAGCAGAAUUUAAUGGAACAAUUGGAAACCAUUGAGAGAGAGUUACAAGAAGCACAGACUCUUGCAGAUACCCAGCCAGGCAGUGUUAGUGAGCAUAAACUACAGGAGCUUGUUGAGGAAAGACAACGUUUGAAAGCAGAUAUAGAUGCAACUGUGAAAGAUAUACAAAAGGCACAGCAUCAUGUUUCAGAAAGUCCUAUAAUUAUGCAAUUUGGUGAAAGGGAUUUAUAUGAACUAUCUGAGAAGAAGCAACAAUUAUUGGAAAGCUUGAAGGAGCUACAAGAAGCUCAAGCUGCAGCAGCUACCCAAUCAGGCAAUAUCAGUGCGGAAGAGCUACAGGAACUGGCUGAGCAAAGAAAACGUUUGACUGCAGAUCUAGUGGCAACUGUGCAUUAUAUGCAAAAAGCGCAGGAACAACCUUCAAAACCAACUGUAACAUCUGAUGAGCUUGCAGCCAGGGAUUUACACGAACUAUUUAAGAAGCAGCAGUUUUUACUGAAAAAGUUAGACUCUAUUAAGAAAAAACUAGAAGCAGCACAAGUUCUUGAAGCUGUCCAACCGGGCAGUAUUAGUGAGAAUAAACUACUAGAGUUAGUUGAGCAAAGGAAGCGUUUAACUGCAGAUCUAGCAGCAAUUGUGCAAGAAAUACAAAAAGCAAAGCAUCUUGCUUCAGAAGAGGCUCUAAUUGCACCCAGUGACCAUAAACUACAGGCGCUAGCUAAGAAAAGAAAACAAAUGGCAGCAGAUCUAGAGGCGACUUUAGACAAUAUCCAAAAAGCAAAACAUGUUUCAGAAAGAGAUUUAAUUGCACAAGCUGCUGAAAGAGAAUUACAUGAAUUAUUUAUGAGGAAGCAGCUUCUGUUGGAAGAUUUGGAAACCAACUUGAAAGACAUACAAGAAGUAUACGCUCUUGAAGCUACCCAACCAGCCAGUAUCAGCAAUAAAAUAAUGCAGGAAUUUAAUGAGCGAACCAAACAUUUGAGUGCAAAGAUCGAAGAAGUUGUGCAAGACAUUAAAAAAAUGCAAGUUAAUGUUUCAGAGAUAGAUGGAAUGAAAAAACCCAUUGAAAGGAAUGUAAAUCAACUAUUUCAGAAGAAAAAACUGUUUUUAAAACGUUUGGAGUCAAAUUUAAAAUUCCUGCAACGAAGGCAAAAACUUGCAGCUGCUCACCCAGAGAGUUUAAAUGUGCAAAAGAUGCAACAGGUUGCUGAACAAAGAAGACUUUUGACUGCUGGUCUGGAAGCAAUUACACAAGAUUUAGAAGAUGUAUGGGGUUUUGCUCCAGAGAAAGCUAGACUAAUAAAAUCCAAAGAAAGGAUUUUGGAGGAACUGUCUCAAAAAAGAAAAUUGAUUUUGGAAAAUAUGGCAUUAAAUUCGGAAGACCUAAAAGAAGCACAAUCUCUUCCAGAUGCCCAGACAGAUGGUAUUGAUGGAAACAAGGUAAAGGAGCUCAUUGAAGAAAGAAGGCUUUUGGCUGCAGGUUUAGAGGCAAUUGUGCAAGACAUACAAGAAAUACAAACUCAGAUUUCAGACAAAGGGGGACUAUUAAAACCCAGUCAAAAAGAGUUAUCCAAGAAAAGAAUAUCGUUUUUCAAAGAUCUAGACUCAAAUCUGAAAUUGCUAAAACAUCUGCAGGCUCUUGAAAUUACUCAGUCAGGUGGUAUGAGUCAGCAUAAGAUGCAGGAGCUAACUAAGAGAAAAAAACUUUUGAUUGCUAGUCUUGAGGCAAUUAUUGAAGAUAUGCAAGAAACACAACAUGUAAUGGGAAGACCUGAUGGGAGAAAAGGAAUUGAUUUGAUAGAGCUUUCUAUAUUAGAGUCAAAACUAAAUGAACUACAACAAAUUGGGGCUCUUUCAGAUAUUCAACUGGACAGUAUGAGGAGAAAAGUGCAUGAACUAAGAAAACAAAGACAGGAUUUGAUUGAUAGAUGGGAAGUACCUCUUCAUGAUGUACGAUCAAUUUCAAGUGCUGAAUUGGAAGAAUACGGACUUAGUCAAAAAGAAAUAAAAGAACUCAUUAGGGGGAAAAAUUUAUUUUCAUAUUUGAAAUCAAGUAUCAAAGAACUGCAACAAAAAGGCAUUGUUCCAGAAGACAGUGUCAUUGAGAAAAGAAUACACAAUUUAUCAAGCAGCAGAAGUAUUUUGGAUGAGUAUCUUGUGGCAGUUCCACUAGAGCUGCUGCAACCAGAACCUUCUGAUAUAAGUAUAAAGUCUGGAACUCAUGCUGAACAACUAGCAAAACAAAAGGUGCUGGCUGCAAAACUAGAAGCAAAUAUAAAAGAACUGCAAUCUCUAAAGGAUCUAAAAAUAACCAAAAUUAGUGUGCCAGUCAGAGAAAAAUCUAGUUUAACUGAACCAUCAGAUCAUCAAGUUCCAUAUUUCUUGAAACCAUUAGUUUCAGGGCUGCAGAUACAAACAACUAAAGCACCUGUACUUAAAAGACCCAAGCCUGGACAUAUAAUGGCCCAAAAAAGUCAAGACCUAGAAAUUGAUGCUUCACCAAUUCUGACACAGGAGGACAAAAUUCUAAAGAUGGAAAAAGAACUAGCAUUCAAAAGGCAACUACAGCAAUUCCCAUUGAUAAAAACAUCUUUGCCAGGAGUGCCUAGUGCUAAGUCAUUUGAAUCAAAAGUUCCUGUGGACAGUGUGUUGCAAGAAAUAAUUACUUAUAACAGGAAUAUGCUUCCAGGCCAUAAGGCAAAUCUGCAACAUGCAGUAAUGAUUGCACAGAAUCAGUUACAACAAGCUAAUAUUUUGGCUGCUGAAAAGGAAAUGGAUAUGUCAAUAGUUGGUUCCCAACCAUCAAUGCACGGCAUAACUAGGUUUCAUGAAUACAGUACGCAACCUAAAAAAACAGUAUGGGAAGGAAACCAGUUGCCCCAAAGAGACUAUAUGCAUAAACUGAAUCUAUUAAGGAAAAAGUUCAUGGGGCCAGAGAUUAAAGGAUUAUGGGCAGGUCCUCCAGCACCCACUCAGGGACCAAGAACUCCGUGGGGAACCAUCCCUGGUCAGAGAAUGGGGUCAAUCGCUAUUUCUGGGAAAGGAUGCAGUCCCUACGCAUCAAAACGUCAAGGGUUUCCAGUCACAAGGCAGCCAUUGAGACACAACUGACCUUAGACUUUUUAUGGAUCAACCGAGUGCUACAACCAUCUUACAAAUGUCAUCUUUGAUGAUCUAUGAAAAUAAAAAAUCACAACCUA